GGAUUCCAGGGCUGCUCUCAUUCUUCCCCUGCUGGAACUUGCUGCUCCGAAGACGAGAGGGAAGCUGGACUCAGCUAAUUACGUUGGAGGAUUAAUUACAUUGCCACGGUCUCCAUGUGAUACUGGAUAGAUUUUUAAUUUUUUUUUUUUUGUUUUUUUUAAACACAACUGAACAGGGGGUUUUUGCUUCCCCUCAUCUCUUUCGUCUUUUUCUGCACACACACACACACACACAGAGCGGAGAUGUUGCAGACAGUCUGCAUGAGCCCUGAGCUGCUGGUCAACCACAGCAAGAGUGAAAGUGAAAUCUGUGGCUACAGCCCAGGCCAGGGCUCUCCCCUGCCUGGGGAAACCGCCAGCCCCAAGAGCUGCUCCCAGCAGAGCCCAUCUCUGCCAGACUCUGGACUGACUGAGCUGAACGUGGCGAGCCCCAAGAUCUUCCACCCUCCUCCUCCUCCAUGCAAGCCUCCAGGGAUGCCUGCUCCUGCUGACUCUGAACUUAGCUCUGAUCCCCCUCAGAAGCGCUACAUGGGUGUGAGAGUGAAGAUGCCAGUGCGGGAGUUGCUGAGGAAAAUCCGACUUUCCAAAGGCUUGGACCCAGCUCCAGGCAAGGAAGCCUCAGCAGUGAAGAUGGCAGCCAAAGGAUCCUCAGGAAAAACAGAGAAGAGGAGAUCUCACCCUUAUACAGAGAAACAGCUUAGACAGAGCGCUGGGCAAAGCCCCAGAGGCUUGGAGGACCUCGACAUCCUGGUGGAGGUGCUGCAGGAGGAUCUGAACCAGAGCCAGCUCGGGGAGGAGCGCCGGCAGCCCGUGCCAGACGGCUUCUGGCAGGGAUUCAGCCGGGAGCUGCAGAGCUGCUGCUGGCAGGGCAGGGAGGCGGCUCAAGGGGGACCAGCAGAGCUUCACCCCCAGCCCUGGGGCAGGGAUUUCCACCCCGUCCUGCGGGGACAGGCACGGCCUCCCCUCCAGGGUCAGCAGGAGAGCACCCAGAGGUCCGGCUCGCCUGGGAUGUUCUCCAGGACGGGCGAGGAUGGGGGCAGCUGGUGGGUGCAGGAAGGUCCCUUGAGCUCCCAGGAGGGGUUCUCGAGGGGUUCUCCAUCCCAGGGAUGUCUCCUGAGGAAUUCUCCAUCCCAGGAAGGUUUCCCAAGGAACUUUCCAUCCCAGGAAUGUCUCCUGAGGAACUCUCCACUCCAGGAAAGUUUCUCAAGGAAUUCUCCAUCCCAGGAAGGCUUCUUGAGGGAUUAUCCACCUCAGAAAUGUCUCCUGAGGAAUUCUCCAUGCCAGGAAGGUUUCUCAAGGAAUUCUCCAUCCCAGGAAACUUUCUUGAGGAAUUCUCCACCCCAGGAAGGUUUCCCAAGGAAUUCUCCAUCCCAGGACGCUUUCUUGGGGAAUUCUCCAUCCCACAAGGAUUUCCCAAGGAAUUCUCCAUCCCAGGCAUGUUUCCUGAGGAACUCUGCACCCCAGGAAUGUUUCCUGAGGAAUUCUCCAUCCCAUGAAGGUCUCCUGAGGAACUCUCCACCCCAGGAAUGUUUCUUGAGGAAUUCUGCACCCCAGGAAUGUUUCUUGAGGAACUCUCCAUCCCAGGGAUGUCUCCUGAGGAACUCUGCCCCCCAGGAACCUUUCCCAAGGAAUUCUGCCCCCCAGGACACGCCAGCAGUCCCCGGCUUGGCAGAGAUGCUGCUGGAAGCUCCCAGGGGCUCUCCAGAUGUGGAGGGACAUUUGAGGCCGACCCCAAACUCCUUCAGCAGGCAGGACCUCUCUGCCCUCUCCUUCUUCCAGUUCCAGCUGCACAGGGAGGAGAAUUGGCUGAGGAACAUCCCAGAGGAGGAACUGCUGGCUCCUGAUGAAAAUGGCAGCAGGCUGCUGCACAAGGCUGUUGCCCAGGGAAGGAGGGCUCUGACUUUUGCCCUGGCCCAGAGAUUUGCCUCCCUCAACAAGAUCGACGAGAAGGAUGCAGAGAAAAGGACUGCUUUACAUCUUGCUGCAGAAAAGAACCAGCACCUGAUGGUGAGCGACCUGAUCUCCCUGGGAGCCAACGUCAAUGAACAGGACAGCUCAGGGAAAACUCCCCUCCACCUGUGUGCACAGAACGGCUACCUGAGGGUUCUGCAGGUGCUGAAAAGCUGCAAGGACAACGGGGUGUGUGUGCAGGUGGAUCUGCCCGACCACCACGGUCUGACGCCCCUGCACUGCGCUGCCCUCGCCCACACGGCGCUGGUGGCAGAAUCCCAGAGCCCUGGCACGGAUGGCAGCGCGGGCAGGCUCCUGGGGCUGCGGAGGGCCCAAACCCUGGAGGGAAUCCUGUGCCUGCUCCAGAUGGGAGCAAAGCCCCAGCUGCAGGUCCUGGACUCCUGGCCAACCUCCACCCCCUGCCUGAAGCUGGAGGAGAACACAGAGCUCAUGUGUUUGCUUCAGACUCAUCAACCCCAGGCACAGGAUGUUCCUCAGCAGAGCUGCAGCCUGCUGGAUGCUCCCAGAGGAAUUCCCUCUCCCCCAGGUGCAGAAAACUCACCUGGACUGGGCUCCUUGUCAUCCUCAGAGCUCCUUGAUGUCCUUCUCAAAGGUAUUUUGUGGUAGGAAGUGGAGUUGAGGUACCUGGGGGUUUGUGUGGCUCAGCAGCUGGGAUGGAGUGGCUCAGUCCAGUCCCAUCCCACAGAAUCAUUUGGGGUGGAAAAAACCCCAAAAUCAUCAAGUUCAAACCUCCACAGCAUGGGGCUGGUGGAAAAGGUGCUCAGCACCUCAUCCCAGCCUUUGGGUUCACUCAUUUUCCUUGCAAACCUCCUUCCUCACCCAAAACCAGCCAGAAAAAGAGGGAAUUUUUUCCUUCUUUAGCAGGAACAGCUGGGCUGGGACUGAGCUGAGAUUUUUCUGCUUUGUUGUCUUCCAGGGAAAUGCUGAGAGCUCUCACCACCUGCACCUGAUGGGCCACCUGCUGCAGAGCACAGACACCAAAAUCUAGAAUGUUUUAUAUAUUAUCUUGAACUGACUGCUGGAAAGAUCUCACCUGGACCCAGAAUUUAAAAGGCUGAUAAAUGAGGGAAAUCCUCAGUGCAGGUUGAGCCAGGAAUUCAGGGUUAGGUGCUCCAGGAAGAAUUGCAUCUUCAUUUUCUCACAAAUUUGUGCUUUUCUGCUCAGGUCUGAGGUCAGUCUGAAGCUCUGAUGAUUUUUCAUGCAGUUGUUUAGACAAAGAAAAAUAUUUUAACCAUCCAGGGUCUAGUCUUGAGGGUUUCAGCCUAAAAUUUAUCUAUACACUCCAAAUUCAACAUUCAGACUGAAAAUCUCAGUGAUUUUAAACACGAGCUCUGGGAAUUCAGAGCUUAAUAUUAAAAAUAUUUAAUGUUUUCUGCAGUCUGGCUCUGAAUUUGGCCAAGGCUGGAGUGGUCACACUUUAAGGCAGUCUCUCCAAAACAGAGCAUUGUGCUGACUGUGUUUCUUCUACAAAAAUCAAGCUUUUUAUUGAUGCAAUCAGAAUUUUGCACCCAUAGUGGAUUGUAGGUGGUCUGGGACAAAGUGUUUUGAAUAAGUUCCUUUCUAACAGAUCUAACAGAGGAUUUUACCUUUAUAAAAUUUAAAUCUAGAACAGCUUUUGAAGUUCAUUUUUUAAAACAAAGUUGGGAAACUAACAAGGAGCUGAAAUAAUCCCAUACUGCCAGAAAACUGAGUUAUUCAGUAGAAUUAUCAUAAACUAGAUAAUUUUUAUUUUUAAUUAUUUCCUCCCAGGCUUACUCUCGUUCAAUUUUAACUUCUGGUUGCAAGUUUGCUGGUUUCUAUGAAACUUCCCUGUUUGCUACAUAGGGAGCAAUUCUACUUUUACAGAACCUAAAAGCAAAACCAAAACUGAUCCAGCAGCUCUCACGUGUCUCCUGUGGAGGAAAAUGGGAGAUUCCCACGUGAAGCCACUGCAGGAUCCAGUGUUAAGUACUCAGCAUCUUUGGGGAAUGUUUUUAAUGAACCCUUUGCAUUUGUUUCUUGUGAAAAAAACAGAAAAAAAAGUUAUUUUUGUGUUAUGGGGUUUCCUUAAGUGUUAAGCUCCAAGAGCUACGUUGCACAAGGUGAAUGGACUUGGAGGAGUGGCAGUGUUGAAGUGAAUUCCAGUGGGGUUUGGGUCAUAUCCUAUGAUUCUGAUGCCCUGAACAGCUGAAGAGUUCUCUUUUGUGUUUUCUCUAGUCUGAGAUAAAAUAAUUCUUAAUCUUUCAGUAUUUCAUUUAAAAAAUCUAUAUAUUAUAUGUUAUUCUCAUAAGGAGUUGCAUAACUCAUUCACCU